AUGUCCAACAAUCAAUCAAGGGGUGAUAGGACCGAGUCUGGACAGUACAGGAAACCCGCCCGAUCCAGUAGUUUCCAUCAGCAGCGCCAUUUCUCCGGCGCCGUUAAGGGUGGUGGUGGAGGCGGAGGCUCCUCCUCCGCUACUACCGCUAAUCCCUCUAUCCCCGACCGCAGUCUUAAGAAGUCGAAUAGCAAUGUACAAGGGGGGCAAUAUAGGGUGCGCAGUCCGAAUGUGAACCAGGAUUCCAGUCAUUCAUUCCAAGCGCCUGUUGUACAGAAUGGUGCUAGCAAUGUACAAGGGGGGCAAUAUAGGGUGCGCAGUCCGAAUGUGAACCAGGAUUCCAGUCAUUCAUUCCAAGCGCCUGUUGUACAGAAUGGUGCUAGCAAUGUACAAGGGGGGCAAUAUAGGGUGCGCAGUCCGAAUGUGAACCAGGAUUCCAGUCAUUCAUUCCAAGCGCCUGUUGUACAGAAUGGUGCUAGCAAUGUACAAGGGGGGCAAUAUAGGGUGCGCAGUCCGAAUGUGAACCAGGAUUCCAGUCAUUCAUUCCAAGCGCCUGUUGUACAGAAUGGUGCUAGCAAUGUACAAGGGGGGCAAUAUAGGGUGCGCAGUCCGAAUGUGAACCAGGAUUCCAGUCAUUCAUUCCAAGCGCCUGUUGUACAGAAUGGUGCUAGCAAUGUACAAGGGGGGCAAUAUAGGGUGCGCAGUCCGAAUGUGAACCAGGAUUCCAGUCAUUCAUUCCAAGCGCCUGUUGUACAGAAUGGUGCUAGCAAUGUACAAGGGGGGCAAUAUAGGGUGCGCAGUCCGAAUGUGAACCAGGAUUCCAGUCAUUCAUUCCAAGCGCCUGUUGUACAGAAUGGUGCUAGCAAUGUACAAGGGGGGCAAUAUAGGGUGCGCAGUCCGAAUGUGAACCAGGAUUCCAGUCAUUCAUUCCAAGCGCCUGUUGUACAGAAUGGUGCUAGCAAUGUACAAGGGGGGCAAUAUAGGGUGCGCAGUCCGAAUGUGAACCAGGAUUCCAGUCAUUCAUUCCAAGCGCCUGUUGUACAGAAUGGUGCUAGCAAUGUACAAGGGGGGCAAUAUAGGGUGCGCAGUCCGAAUGUGAACCAGGAGUCCAGUCAUUCAUUCCAAGCGCCUGUUGUACAGAAUGGUGCUAGCAAUGUACAAGGGGGGCAAUAUAGGGUGCGCAGUCCGAAUGUGUCGAGUCAUUCAUUCCAAGCGCCUGUUGUACAGAAUGGUGCUAGCAAUGUACAAGGGGGGCAAUAUAGGGUGCGCAGUCCGAAUGUGAACCAGGAGUCAAGUCAUUCAUUCCAAGCGCCUGUUGUACAGAAUGGUGCUCAACGACAUCAGCCACCACCUGGAGUGUCUGAUGCAUUAGUUACAAGUAAGAGUGUUUCCCCGAUCGACACUCCAACUCAAAGAAUCACCCAAGCUGUUCCAAGAUCUCCGUCUUCUAAUGUUUCUAUUGCAGCUCCAUCUACCAGUGCUUCUACUGCUAGCUCUGAUACCAACACCUCUGCAGCACCUGCAAAGGCUCCAGUAGAUGCUUCCAGCUCAUUUUCUCUACAGUUUGGGUCUAUAAGUCCUGGACAUAUGAACGGAAUGCAGAUUCCUGCUAGAACAAGCUCUGCCCCACCAAAUUUGGAUGAGCAAAAAAAAGAUCAGGCCUGUUACGACUCUUUAAAAGCUGCACCUGCAGUGCCAACGCCAUCCAUUCCCAAACAGCGACUGCCGAUAAAAGACACAAGGGUCCUUGAUCAACCCAAAACUGGUGAAGCUCAGCCAGUAUCCAAGUCCAAAAGGGAUUUGCAAGUUUCAGCUGCACCUCCCACAACUCAAACUCAAAAACCGUCUGUACAGCCUAUGUCUGGGAUGUCCAUGCAAAUGCAAUUUCACCAGUCACAGGUUCCAGCUCAAUUUGGUGUCUCUAAUCCCCAAAUUCAGUCGCAGGCCGUGCCAACCUCUUCUUUGCCAAUCCCAAUACCAAUGGGGAUGUCUAUUCCUUUACCCAUGGGAAAUCCACCAAUGUUUAUUGCAGGUCUUCAACCACCACAUGCAAUGCAGUCUCAACGAUUGAUGCAUCAGGGUCAAAACUUGAACUACUCAUCGCAAAUGGGUCCUCAGAUUCCCCCUCAGUUGGGUAGCAUGGGAAUUAAUAUGACCCCACAAUUUCCCCCACAACAGGCUGCCAAGUUCACGGCUUCUCGUAAAUCAGUAAAAAUUACUCAUCCUGAAACCCAUGAAGAAUUGAGACUCGAUGGGUCAUUAGGUCCGAGCUCACACCCUAAUGUGCCACCUCCUUCACAGCCUAUUACAUCAUUUCCUACUAAUCAUCUGAUGAGCUAUUAUUCUAAUUCUUAUAAUUCUGGUUCCCUCUUUUUUACACCUUCAAGUUCUGUUCCACUGAACAGUGCCCAGGUUCUUCCGAGUUCUCAGCCACCGAGGUUUUAUAAUCAGGCAACCGUGAAACCAGCUGCUGGCUCUCAUGUGGAUAAAGGCAUAUUGCCAUCUAGUGCGAAGGGAGAAUCUAUGAAACCUGUAAGGCCACAUGGAGAAGAUUCGCGUCGGCCUCAAAAGGAUUUUGAACCUUCAUCUUCAAGCUAUUUGCAGAUGUCAAAGCCCAGUGUUGAACCAUCAUGUACUGUGUCCACGACAAGUAAACAGUCUGCUACUGUGUUAGGUUCUGUUAAUGUGGAGACUGAAGGGCCCAAAACUUUGUCUUCUGCUUCUCAAGCUCUUGUUGAUGAUAUUGCAUCUUCACAAUCAAGUGGUGCUGGAAAAGCUAGAGAUAGAACAGUUGAUGGACCUGACUCCAUUGCCGAUGAUCAGAAAAAACCGAGCAACAGAGUACAGUGGGAUCAGGUUUGUUCGCAAUCUCCAUCUGCUUCAGGUUUGUCCUCUCAAUUCCCAGUACCUGAAACUUUGGAAGCUAAAACAAGUAUUUUGUCACGAACUAGUGUGAUGUUGGAAACUGCAAAAGAGUCAUCAUUAAUAACUACAGCUACUGCUUCAGAGGCUUAUGAUUCAAAAGGUGGAGUUGCUGAAGGCAAGACAAGUCAGUCAUCAAAUAUUCUGGACACGAAUAAUGUGAAAAACAUGCCAUCAAACACUGAAACGUUGGGAAAAAGGGACAAAGGAGAAGUAAUCUUGUCCGAGAGUUCCAAACCACAUAACAGUAGCCCAGAGACAUCUUCAAAAUCUAUUUCUCCAGAAUCUUCUGAAAUCACUUCCAAUCAUGAAGAGAGCUCUUCUCAGGAGGUACCGGCCUUCAGCAGGGGCGGUAGUUUAUUGGAAACUGCACAGCAAAAGUUGGAAGAAUAUACUAGUUGCUCUGAAGAUGUUAGUGUGGUGGAUGAUUUAAUUGCAUCUACUUCCAUGCUGGAUGGUGGAAGUGCAAAUGGUGCAUCUGCUGGGGAUGAUAAGACCUCAGCUUCAGACGCUCCUUUAAGUGUGCCUGAUAGUGUAAAUAGUAAAGAAGCUUCUGUUUUGAACUCUGCUAUUGUAGACCAAGAUUCCCACCCUGUUUCAAUUCCAUCUCCUUCUGACAGUGUUUCAGAAAGUGAAAAUGAAGGUAUUGAGAACAAUAGUGUUGGAUUCGCUUCUCCACCACCUUCUGGCGUCAAAGAAAAAGUUAUGUUAGAGCCAAAUGUGGUAAAAAGUAUCACGCCUAGGGGGACGAAGAAUAAAGAGGAAUUAUAUCGAAAACCAGAAGCUGCUGGUACAAGUUCUGAUCUUUAUAUGGCAUAUAAGGGUCCAGAAGAAAAGAAAGAAACUGAUGCCCCAGCACAAAGCACAGAGAACACUCUGAGCAAUACUACUGAUGUGACUCAGGAUAUUGACGUAUCAAGUCUUAAAACUGGUCAGAGUAAAGUGGAGCCAGAAGAUUGGGAAGAUGCUGUUGACAUCUCUACUCCAAAGUUAACCAUGAAAAAUGAUCAGCAGGUUAAUGAUCGCGAUCGCGAUGGAUUAAUGACUAAAAAGUAUUCCCGAGAUUUCCUCCUCAAAUUUGCUAAGCAAUAUACUGAUCUUCCCGAGGAUUUUGAGAUCCCCCCAAAUAUGGCUGGUGCCUUGAUGGUCUCUAGUAUCAAUAUUUCACGUGAAUCAUACCCAAGUCCUGGAAAAAAAUUUGACAGGCCUAUUGGGGGGUCCAGACCAGAUUAUCAUGGAAGCGUCAUGGGUGAUAAGGACAAAUGGAGCAAACUACCUGUGCCUCUAAUGUCAGGGAAGGUAGAUAUGCGGAUGGAUAUUGGUUAUGGGGGCAACAUGGGAUUUCGGCCUGGCCAAGGAGGUAAUUUUGGUGUUCUAGUGAACCCUCGUGCACAGACACCUGGGGGAAUCCUUGCUGGACCAAUGCAGUCCUUGGGACCACAGGGAGCUCUGCAAAGGAAUAACUCCGAUUCUGACAGAUGGCAUCGUGGAACUGCCUUUCAGAAGGGUUUAAUGCCUUCUCCUCAGACACCGUUACAGAUGAUGCACAAAGCUGAGAAGAAAUAUGAAAUAGGUAAAAUUUCGGAUGAGGAAGAAAUCAAGCAGCGGCAGUUGAAAGCCAUCUUAAACAAGCUUACUCCUCAAAACUUUGAAAAAUUGUUCGAGCAAGUGAAGCAAGUCAACAUUGAUAAUGUUGUAACUCUCAAUGGGGUGAUCUCUCAAAUAUUUGAUAAAGCUUUGAUGGAACCCACAUUCUGCGAGAUGUAUGCUAACUUCUGCUUUCAUCUAGCUGUGGGGUUGCCUGAUUUGAGCGUAGAAAAUGAAAGAAUUAAUUUUAAGAGAUUACUUCUGAACAAAUGUCAAGAAGAAUUUGAGAGAGGAGAAAAGGAAGAAGAAGAGGCAAAUAAAGCUGAUGUGGAAGGUGAAGCUAAACAAUCGGAAGAUGAAAGAGAGGAGAAGAGGAUCCGAGCACGGAGACGCAUGUUAGGCAAUAUAAGACUAAUUGGAGAACUGUACAAGAAGAAAAUGCUGACAGAGAGAAUAAUGCAUGAGUGCUUAAAGAAGUUGUUGGGCCAGCAUCAGGAUCCUGACGAGGAAAAUAUUGAAGCCUUGUGCAAAUUAAUGAGCACGAUUGGUGAGAUGAUAGAUCAUCCCAGAGCCAAGGAGCACAUGGAUGCCUAUUUUGAAAUUAUGGCGCAGUUGUCAAACAACAUGAAACUAUCUUCUAGGGUGAGGUUCAUGCUGAAAGACUCAAUUGAUCUGAGAAAGAAUAAGUGGCAACAGAGGAGGAAAGUUGAAGGGCCAAAGAAGAUUGAUGAAGUGCACAGAGAUGCUGCUCAAGAACGUCAGGCACAAACUAGUAGGCUAGCUCGUGCUCCCAACAUUGGGUCUUCUGGUAGAAGAGGUCCACCUCUGGAUUUUGCUCCUAGAGCUCCCAAUAUGUCAUCUUCUCCUAGUUCCCAGAUGGGUGGUUUCCGUGCUGUACCCCUACAGCUUCGUGGCUAUGGUUCUCAGGAUUUUCGAUCGGAGGAGAGACAUCACUUUGAGAACAGAACGACUGUUUCUCUGCCUCAAAGGCCCCUCAGCAAUGAUUCCAUAACCCUGGGGCCCCAAGGUGGUCUUGCAAGGGGAAUGGCUUUCAGAGGGCAGCCAUCAGCACCUGGCCUUCCUUUGGUUGAGAUGUCAAGUCCCGGAGAUGCGCGCAGGAUAGAACCUGGGCUAAAUGGAUUUAGUUCUAUGCCAGAACGGACAGUUUAUGGUCAAAGAGACGAUCUCAGGCCGAGAUAUAUGCCAGAAAGGUUUUCUAUUCCAUCUGUUUAUAACCAAUCAAAUCCACAAGAGCAAAGUAAUAACCAUGGGAAUAGAGAUAUUAGAAAUGCUGAUCACUUCUUCGAUAGAUCUCUACCUACUUCUCCCUCUACACAAGAUUGGCCCCCAACUUCUAUGCAAGAUGCUUCAUCAGAAAAGAUGUGGCCAGAAGAGCGCUUGAAAUACAAGUCGUUGUCCACAAUUAAAGAAUUUUACAGCGCGAGAGAUGAGAAUGAAGUUGCUUUGUGCAUCAAGGAAUUGAAUGCUCCCAGCUUCUAUCCAUCAAUGAUUUCUAUCUGGGUUGCUGAUUCUUUUGAGAGGAAGGACACGGAGAGAGAUCUGUUGACGAAGCUCCUGAUUGGUCUUAUGAAAACUCGAGAUGGCAUGAUAAGUAAAGAUCAGCUCAUCAAAGGGUUUGAAGAUGUUCUCGCUACAUUAGAGGAUGCUGUAAACGAUGCCCCCAAAGCAGCAGAGUUUCUUGGCCGCAUCUUUGCCAAAGUCAUAAUGGAGAACGUCAUUUCAUUAUCUGAAGUUGGGCAGUUGAUCUUUGAAGGCGGGGAAGAGCAAGGACGUCUGGUUGUAAUAGGUCUUGCAGCCGAAGUCCUUGGGAUUAUCUUGGAGACAAUUAAAUCAGAAAAGGGUGAUUCCCUAUUGACUGAGAUCUGUUCAAGCUCAAAUCUGCGGCUCGAAAACUUUAGGCCUCCUCCAGGUUCUAACAAAUCUUGGAGACUAGAUAAGUUUACUUAG